GACAGUUUGUUUAUGUAGUUUGUUUAGGCAUGAAGAAAACAACAUUCUCAUUCUUGUAUUUCCUUGCUUUCAAAAGUCAUCCCACACUAGUCCUUAUCUCUCUGCACACUCAAAUAUUGACUCACAUUGGGCUGUGCUCACUCUAUACCUUUCACCUUCACCUGGGCUUCAUCCAGAUCAGAAACGAGCUGGACCAACUAAAGAAAACUGUGGUGGUCAGGCCAGAGAAAAUGGAUAAGGAGCAACUUAAGAAAGGAGAAGAAAAGGAGAGAGAGGAAAAGAUGAGGAAGAGGAGCCGAUCACAGAACAGAGAGCAUAACAGGUCCCGUUCUCGUGACCGCAGCAGGAGCCGCUCACGUUCUCGCUCACGCUCCAGGGAGAGGAAGAGGAGGGAUCGAAGCCGAUCUCGUGAUCGCAGCCGAUCUCGUGAUCGCAGCCGAUCUCGUGAUCGCAGCCGAUCUCGGGAUCGCAGCCGAUCUCGGGAUCACAGCAGAGGACGCCGUCACAGCUCCAAACACAAGUCAUCCAAGGAAGCAGCCGAGGAUGGCGUCACAGCCGUGAGCAGACCUCCAGACAAAAGUUGCCCAGGGACCAAGAACUCCCAUCCAGAGACAGGUCAUGAGAGCGAGACAGGCGGGACGUUAUGAACGUCAGGUCGGACUCUCGCCGACGAGACAACAGGGUCAUGGGGGACCUCUGGAGACCACGCUCCCAUCAAUCAAGACACACAACCUCCUCCUGUCUCUAUCGCCCAUCUGUCCAUUCAGAAUAACAUGAAGUUUCACAGUGCUUGACUUUGACCCCGCGGUCCUGCACCAGUUAAUGCAGCUGAGCUAGAGUUUAAUUGGAAUAUUGUAUGGAUUCAGUUUUCUGGCAUCCAGAUCUAUGAUUGGACUGGAUUUGAUUAUUAGUAUCAUAGUGUAUCAAAAUACCUACAUCUGUAAUUUGGUGGCUGAAUAGUUUCAUAAUUGAGGACAGAUUUUAAUGGAUGCAUUGCUUUGACCUCAUGUGUGAAGUCAUCUGUUUAUGUUCUGCUGGAAAAUCUUUCUUUAAA